AUAAUAAUAAUAAUAAUAAUAAUGGGCACUCUGUUCACUCGAUUGUUUUCUUCUCUCCUUGGCAGCAGAGAAGCUCGAAUCCUCGUCCUUGGCCUCGACAAUGCCGGAAAAACUACAAUUCUCUAUCGGCUUCAAAUGGGUGAGGUAGUUUCAACAAUUCCAACAAUUGGAUUUAAUGUAGAAACUGUACACUAUAAAAACAUCAAAUUUCAAGUUUGGGAUCUAGGUGGGCAGACAAGUAUCAGGCCAUAUUGGAGAUGCUAUUUUCCAAAUACUCAUGCGGUGAUUUAUGUUGUUGAUUCAAGUGAUACGGAUAGAAUUCUAAUUGCCAAAGAGGAAUUUCAUUCAAUUUUGGGGGUAUCAUCAUUGAAAAUACAUGAUUAUGAAGUAUAUUAUCAUACAUUAGUUGUAUCAUGCUUGGAGGAAGAACUGAAAGGUGCUGCUGUCCUCUUUUUUGCAUAUAAGCAGGAUCUCCCUGGUGCACUUGAUGAUGCUGCUGUGAGCGAGGCUUUGGAGUUGCACAAAAUAAAAAACCGUCUGUGGACCAUCUUUAAAACUUGUGCUGUGAAGGGUGAAGGGUUAUUUGAGGGCUUGGAGUGGUUGAGUAAUACUCUCAAGUCAGCAACUGGGUAACAAUGAUCAAGGGGAUUUUCUGAGCAAGUUUACUGAUAAUUGGUAUUAACAUUACUCGGUAUUCUUGGCACCGAUAUCUUUGCUAUAUAUUGAAUAUUUUUUUGGUCUUGUAUUCAUGGAGCUAUAUUAAUUGUAUUUCUAGAAAACUUGUAGCAGAAAGAUGCUCGAUGACUAUAGCCAUUUAGAUGUAAUGUUCAAAGUGAAAAGUGAGAAAUAUGCAUAUUCUGUUCUUA